AUGUCACUAUCAUCAGAUAUAACAGAGAUUAUAGAAGAAACGAGAGACUUGAACUUUCAAAGUCAUCGACUUGGAAUUUCCACCAACACAACAGCUACAGCCACAGCAACGAGAUCUCAACCUAAAGAUCUGAAAAUGGCUUAUAGCGGGGAGAAAAUAUCAGUGACACAACGAAUGAUCAGUGCGUGUUCGGGGAGUCUAAUAACAUCAUUAGUAGUAACGCCCUUUGAUGUAAUAAGAAUAAGAAUACAGCAACAAGGGAUACUACCGCAAGGUGACCAAUGUUGUCAGAAUGUAUUUGCUCAGAAUUCCCCCAGCUCGAGUAUAUCAUCACUUUCGUCGGCAAGGUCAUCCUUGUCUUCAUCGACACCGGAGUUGUUUUGGGUCCACAAUAACUACUGCAAUCCCGGUACUGAAAACUGUAUGCGGAUUACUUCAACUUUUCAAGGUUUUGCCACUGUAAGUAAGCAUGAAGGUGUACGCACAUUAUGGCGUGGUUUGUCCCUUACUUUGCUAAUGGCUAUACCUUCUAAUAUAAUAUAUUUCACCGGGUAUGAGUAUAUUCGAGACCAUUCUCCCUUUGGCAACUACUCAUUCAAUCCAUUACUAUGUGGUGCAUUGGCAAGAUGCAUGUCGGCCACAUUCGUUGCGCCUGCCGAAUUAAUCAAGACUAAAUUACAGUCGAUUCCUGCGGAUUCAAGAAACUCCUCAAAGGUCAUGCAUCAUCUUUUGAAAGACUCCUUCAGUUUGGUUAAGAGAGAUGGUAUAGCUACGCUAUUUAAGGGUUUGGGGAUAACACUUUGUAGAGAUGUUCCGUUUUCAGGAAUUUAUUGGUCCUCUUACGAGUUUUUUAAAAGCAAAUUUGCUAACAUGUUGAAUGCGGAUUUCAACAACACUGAAACUGGUGGGUCAGAUGAUUGGAAAGUUUUUGCAACCUCAUUUUUAUCUGGGUCCAUAUCUGGUGUGAUUGCAGCAUUUUUCACCAACCCCUUUGACGUAGGUAAGACAAGGUUGCAGAUAACUAUGGACGAUGACUUAGGUAAGAUUGCCCAUCGCAAGACUAAUAUGUUUAAGUCGUUAGCUAACAUUUAUAAACAAGAAGGAAUUGGAGCAUUGUAUGCUGGUUUUGGACCUCGAGUUAUGAAAAUUGCUCCGGCUUGCGCUAUUAUGAUAUCAUCAUACGAAGUAGGAAAGAAGUUUUUUAAGAAUGGUAAUGCUCGUGAAUAG